AUGGCGAUUCAAAAAAAAGUGCGCCGCAUUCCCAUAGCUCUAUUCCCCUUGACGCGACUAACUUGCCAAAUCAGCAUGGAAAAGUUGAUCCAGCUGAACAAAAAAUACAACUUCCUCGAGAAGAGCAAAGUGUUGAUUGAUCUUUGCGCCGCGCCAGGGUCAUGGUGUCAGGUCGCAUCCGAGGUUAUGCCUGCGGGCUCCCUCAUCGUCGGUGUCGAUCUCGCCCCGAUCAAGGCCAUUCCCCGCUGCAUUACCUUCCAGAGCGACAUUACCACGGACAAGUGCAGGGCGACGCUGCGACAACACCUCAAGCAUCUCAAGGCCGACGCCGUUCUCCACGAUGGUGCGCCCAACGUCGGUACUGCCUGGGUGCAGGACGCCUUCUCACAGGCUGAGCUGGUGCUGCAGUCCAUGAAGCUGGCUACCGAGUUCUUGGCCGAGGGCGGAACUUUUGUCACCAAGAUUUUCCGCUCCAAGGACUACAACUCGCUGCUCUGGGUCUUCAAUCAGCUAUUCACAAAGGUGGAAGCCACCAAGCCACCUUCGAGUCGAAAUGUCUCCGCCGAAAUCUUCGUCGUCUGUCGCGGUUACAAGGCCCCGAAAAACCUGGAUCCCAAGUUCUUGGACGCUCGCAGCGUCUUCGCCGAACUUGCAGAUCCCACACCAAACAACGAGGCAAAGGUCUUCAACCCCGAGAAGAAGAAGCGCAAGCGUGACGGUUACGAGGAGGGCGACUGGACGCAGUUCAAAGAAGUCCCCGUGUCAGAGUUCAUCCAGACCACCGAUCCGAUUGCCAUGCUUGGUAGCUUGAACAAGCUCAGCUUUGAGCAGAAGCCGAAUGGUGACAUCGCUGUCGCGACCAUUGACAAGCUACCAGAAACAACAAAGGAGAUCAGAGACUGCUGUGCGGAUCUCAAGGUCUUGGGUCGUGCCGACUUUAAGCGUCUUCUUCGCUGGCGAUUAAAAGUGCGCGACAUUUUUGGAUUCUCAGCCAAGAAGAAGGAAGAGGAGGAGAAGGAGAAGGUUAAAGAUGGCGAAGCCAAAGAAGGUGAUGAGGUUGCGGAGAUUGAGGACAUGGAUGAAGAGAUGAAAAUCCAGGAAGAGCUAGAACGGCUGAAGGAGAAGGACUCAAAGGCCAGAAAGAAGCAGCGACGAAUCGAAAACGAACGAAAACAAAAGGAAAUUAUCCGCAUGCAGAUGAACAUGGCGACACCCUUCGAAAUUGGCCUAGAACAAUCUGGUCCGGCUGGCGACGAUGGCAUGUUUGCUCUGAAGGCUGUCGACAAGGCUGGGGCACUGUCAAAAAUCGCCAAGGGCAAGAUGGGCCAAAUCAUCGAGCGCGAGAAGCCUGAGGAGUCCGGCGAAGAAGAAGAAUUCACAGACGACGAGGAAGACGCGCUGGAACGAGACCUGGAUGCCAUGUACGGUGACUACGUUGAACAGCGAUCGGCCCGUGACGCGAAAUACCGUGCAAAGCGAGCAAGAGGAGAAGAUGAAGACGGCGAGUGGAACGGCUUCUCAGAUAACGACAAGGACAUGAGUGAUGAUGAGGAGCUCGUUCAAGAUGCAGACAGUGACUGGAGUAGUGAGGAUGAGGAAGGACCAAAAACCUUGAUCACCAGCCUCGACAACGAGGACCAGACGAAGAGAGGUCUGACAAAGCGUGCAGCCCGAUUCUUCGAUCAGGACAUCUUCAAGGGAAUCGAUGGCUUGGAAGGGCUGGACGACAUGGAGGAGGACGAUGACAGCGGUAUCGAUGUCGAAGAUGAUACCGAGAUGAAGGACGAAGCUACCCCUGCCCCAGGGAAAGAUCUACCUGUUCGAAUAACGAAAAAGACAGUCACCAUUCAAGCUCCGCAAGAUGACGAAGACUCCUCAGACGACGAAGACAAAAUCGAAGAGGUCAAACGCGACGAAUCCCAAUGGGAGCAAGACUCUAUGCCCAUGAAGAACGGCAAACCCGACAUCGACAUCAUCACUGCCGAAGCCAUGACUCUGGCGCACCAAAUGGCCACGGGCCAAAAAACCAAACACGACCUUCUCGACGACUCCUUUAACCGCUACUCCCUCCGCGACGUCGAUGGUCUCCCAGACUGGUUCCUCGACGACGAAAAUCGGCAUUCCAAAAUGCAGCGCCCCACCACCGCGGCGGCCGCGGCCGCCAUCAAAGAAAAGCUCCGCGCCCUCAACGCACGACCCAUCAAGAAGGUGCGGGAAGCACAAGCACGCAAGAAGUUCAAGGCUGCCCAGCGCAUGGAGAAGCUCAAGAAGAAGUCUGCGUUGCUGGCGGACGAGGAGGGUAUGACGGAGAAGGAGAAGGCGCAGAGCAUUGCGAGACUGAUGAGUCGGGCAGCCAAGAAGAAGCCGAAGCAGAAGGUUAGUGUCAUUGUGGCGAGGGGUGGUAACAAGGGAAUCAAGAAUAGGCCAAAGGGUACCAAGGGUAAAUAUAAGAUGGUAGAUGCGAGAUUGAAGAAGGAUGUUAGGGGCGAGAAGAGGGCGGCGAAGAGGAAUAAGAAGAGGUAG